AUGCUUCAGGUGAAGUUAAUAAUAACUGGAGAUGACUUCGGCUAUUGUCCUCGGAGAAACCAAGGCAUUGUGGACUGUUUCCUGGCUGGUGCGGUGUCUAACGUGUCCCUUCUAGUCAACGGAAGUGCUGCAGCAGAUGCAGCCAAGCUGGCAAGGAGAUACAACAUCCCCAUAGGCCUGCAUGCCAACCUCUCCGAGGGCUCCCCUGUGUGUGAGGUGCUCAAGACAAACUCUUCUCUGCUCAACCAAGAUGGAUUCUUCCAUGGAAAAAUGGGAUUCAGAACAGCUCUGUCAAAAGGUCUCCUGAAUAUGUCAGAGGUGAAGCAGGAGCUAAAGGCCCAGGUGGAGCUGUUCCAAGAGCUGACAGGUCACCUGCCUCCUCACAUGGAUGGGCACCAGCACGUCCAUGUUCUCCCAGAGGUCAGGCAUGUCUUUGCAGAGGUGUUAGAGGAAUAUGGCAUUAAGUACACACGUGUGCCCAUUGAGCCAGGCCUUCAGAACUGUGACUGGAUUCCACCAUCCCUGAUGGACUUCUACCUGGGAGUAGAAGAAGAUUCUUUUAACACAGUGGAUGUGUUUACAAAGCAUGGAAUAAGGUGGCCAGACAUUUACAUCGGCCUGAGCACCAUGGGCAGGAACAUGUCAGUGAGCAGCAUCCGCAGCGCCAUCGACAGCGCCGUGCUGCAGCUCUCGGCCGGGGCCCCGCGGAGCAGCGCCGCCAUCGAGCUGAUGGUGCACCCGGGCUACCCCAGCGUGCCCCCCGCCGGGGGCUGCGGGGAAGGACCCGACGACUUCUCACAGUCCUGGGAACGCCUCCAUGAGCUCCAGACGUUAAUUAAGCCAGAGCUGCAGAGCCAUUACAAAAGCAGGAACAUUCAGCUGUGUUCAUUCAAAGAUCUUUAAAUAAAUGAGCAGACAUCCGUCCAUCCAUCCAUCCAUCCAUCCAUCCAUCCAUCCAUCCAUCCAUCCAUCCAUCAUCCAUCCAUCCAUCCAUCCAUCCAUUAUCCAUCCAUCCAUCCAUCCAUCCAUCCAUCCAUCCAUCCUCUGAAGACAGGCAGUUGCUAACAUCCAGAGAAGCCAGAUCACUGUUAUCAGUGUCACAGUCCCUGAACAGCUCACAGGAGCUGUGAACAGCUGGGAAUGGACACCACCACCCUGUGAGCAGCUCCAGGCAGUACCCCAGAGCCCCAGCUGCAGUUUUAAGGCCACAACAUCUGCUCAAAAUGUGCCAAACUCCUCCUGUGACACCCCCUCCACAGUGCCCCAGUGCAGCACACGCUCCCAGGGCUCGGCUCCUGCCAGCAAAGGAGCAGCUCAGGGACAGAGCUGGCUGUGACCCUGCAGCACAGCACCCUGAGGGGUCUGAGCCCUUCUCCUUUCAGACUCGAUGGCAAAACAAGAGCCCUGCUGGGGAGUGGGUGCUGCUUUGGAGCCCCUCCACUCGUACCUGCUCAGUGACAGUGAGGGCUGCAGGGACACGUCACCCUCAGAGCCUUCCUCUGGUCACAGCAGUCGGGUCACCUGUGGCCCAGCAGGGUCUGCAGCCACCUCCCGGAGCCGCCUCAGCCCGCAGGAAUUGUGUCUGCCUGUUUACGUUGCCUCUUGGUGUUAAGCCCCCCCGUAGCUGUAGCCCUUUUGGAGAGGCUUCUUUUUUGGAUGACUUUGCAGGAGCAGCAACUGUUGACCCAUCUUCUAUUUCAGUAACUGCUGUGUACGAGAGCAGCAGCAACUGCUCCUGCACCACCCACUGCCCCUCAGGAAACCACGAGCACGGCUGUGAGCAGAGAAGGUCCCUGUGUUUGUCCCUUUUAUUCCUGUCACCAGAGCAUUCAAGGUCCAACAAGUACCAGUAGUGCUGUUAUGUUCUGAACUGCAGCCCUGUCAUUCCUGUAAGGACUUUCACAUGGGGAAAAAUUCUCUGCACAAGAGUGAUCUAUUUAACAUAAUUGGUUUUGCUAACCGUAUUUUUUAAUAUAAAAAAUAUCAGUAUCAUCAUUAUUCUUUUAAAUGAAAAAUAAACUCAGACCUUUUCUAUUGCAAAGCUUCAGGAGGCUUUUGGGUUUAAUUACAUCUCAUCAGUGAACUAAUCCCACUCACCUGUCUGCUCCCACGUCGCUGGAAGGGCCUCCCUUUCUGUCAUUAAUGGGAACUGUCUGACCUUUCCUAUAACACGUGGAAGUUUUUGUCCUGUAGCAGGAAAUGAAGGAUGCUGCAGAAAGUGUUUUCCCCGAUUCUUUCCUAUAUUACACGAAGUGCCGUCGAUGCCUGAGCCGGGCCCGGGCGGGAGCAGGGCACGUUGCCCCCGGCGAUCCCCGGCCCGAAGGCGCUGCCGGGGGCACCGGGACGGGCCCGGCCGGAGCUCGGCUCACCCUGCCCGCGCCACCCCGCGCCCCCCGGGCCGCACUGCAGCCGCUGCUGGAACAGCUCCAAGGGUGUGGAGCUGCCACCGCGUCCUCACGGAUGCUUUUAAACCUUAUUAUAAACAUUUGAAGUGCCCCGUGUUCUCAGCGCUGGGCUGGCUCUGAUCGCACCCAUCAGGAGUUACACACCUGUGGGAUUUUGCAUGCGUCUCCUCACAGCUGAGCACUGGAGACCUGAGGGCAGCCUUUACCCAAGCACUGUACUGCAAAAAAAGAGAUUUUAUAAAUUCGUUGUUUUUAAAUGAAGAGCAUUAAACCCCAAGUUUACGUUUAAUUAGAGAAAUGAAUAAUGAAAUACUAAGACUAUGCAGUAGGGAACCUUUCAAUUGCGUAAGAGAUAAGGAGAAAAGGAAAUGUCUCAGUAGUUCUGUGAAAGCUUUAAAGACAACCCAAGUUGAAAUUAAAACACUACUACAAUCCCAGUUAAUUCCCAGACCUCUGAAAAUAAAACCAUGCCACAAAGCCUUUGAGAGCAAUUUUUAUUAGGGUAGCAGAAUGGACUUGCAGAAAGCCUAUACCAGUACUCCUGGGUGUAGUUUCACCAGUGCGCUGCUUUCAUUGUGGAUGUUCAACUGCACGUUUAAAAUUCAGCAUGGCUUAGGGAACCAGAGAGAACAAGAGCUUGAUUUCCUGAGUUAUCUUAGGACUUCGCACUUGGAUUUCUCCUCCUCAGCCUUCAGCCACACAGGUGCCGGAUCCCUUUGUUCAGAGGCUGCCCCAGAGCUUUGUUUACACAUCUCACAGUUUAGCAAUUGGACUAUGAAGGGCACACCGAGAAGUGAGAGCGAGCUGUCUCCGUGUGAGCUCUGCAGCAGGACGGGCUCCCCGGGCUCGCAGCCCUUCCUCCCCGCCCGCCGCAGCCAGCGCAGCCGGGCGCAGCCUUUGACCUGAGAGGCUUUACAACCACACGGUAACGACUGAGUAGCAACGAGGGCAGCAAACUAGUGCUACAGUUUGGUUUCAAAUAAAAUUUAGAGAAUGGUAAGUUUCCAUGCCAACAGACAUGAUCAAAGGUACAGUGACUCAGGUGAUGCAGAAGUUACACACUUCGGUUUGACAGAUAAUUUGGCAUUACUUUAUUAUGAAUCUGAGUGAGCGUGAAUGAAACAAAAUCAGUACCAACUUUCUGCAAAUGAAGACACAAAGAUGUGAAAAUUUGGUAAUAGUGCUCUCACAAGCCUGAAAACACUUAGGAAAUGCAAGUUUCCGUAAAUAAGGUGAAUGUGGUUUAUUUACCUGCCAAAGAAUCUGUCUAAGAACACUUAAACAUAAAAUUUCUUAGCUCCCUAACUCAUAAAAAAAUUUACUUUCAACAGAGGUGAGGUACUGGGCUGUCAUUGUUUACACUAAAUUGGAAAUGAAAGCCAGAGGAGAGGGACGAAUAAAGAAAUAGCAAAUACACAAGACAUUAAAACCAAGAGAGAUCUACUGCUUGACACACUAGUUCUGAAAGGUUGCAAAGGCAGAGGCUGUAUUAAAACUGAAUUUAGGAGUACAGGCAACCACCUAGGUGUCAGGGUUUUUUCAACUCAGCUUUCUGCACAUCAAAAUGAUAUGUGCUCCCAGAUACCCAUGGAUUUCUGGAGUUAAUCCAUUCACUCAGUAGCAGCCCCCAGCUGCAGAAGGGGAGACAGCAGGUUGACUGUGUGGCAGUUUGACUGUGGAGCUAGGAUCAGGCUCUGGGCUGGGAGGAAAGGCAGCAGAAGCAGCAGAGACACAGCAGAGGAUGCUCAGCUCUGAAGGGAAAGGCUCCCUCUCCUUUCCUUCAGCACGCGCAGGAGGGCUCUGCCUGACAAAGCUGAGGGGCUGGGCUGACACUGAGCACUCACCAGAGCCCUGCUGUGUGCUGAGCACAGCAGCAGCAGCAGCAGCAGCAGCAGCCCAGCACACUCUGUCACACCUCACUGCUCAGGCCUGGGGCUGGGAACAGCUCCAGGGCCAUCCCACAAACACAGAUGCUCCUGACGCAUUCUGAGGGAAAAUAUCCAGAGAGGACAGCAGUGCUGUCAGAUUUAGUUCUUGAAUUCAAAAUUAAUGUUUCCAAAAUAAUGAUUUUAAAUUCAAAAGACAGUUUGUCACUUUGGUACCUCUUGGUCCCCAAUUUCUGGAACUCCUGGAUUGGUUGCAAUGUUGUUCUGUGCAUGUUUCUCACUACUCUGCAUAGGUAUUAAAGAUAGAAGUGAAGGAAGUUUGCAAUCACAUUCUAAUACUUGUUUGCUACAAAUUUUUUUUUCAAAGUUUUCCAAGAGCAGAACAUAAGCCAUAUUCUAAUUCAAUGAUGCACACAAAAACUUGGGUUUCCCCGUUUAAUAGACAUUGGCCAGAUUUACAUCAGACCCAGACAUUAUUUCUGAUUGGUUUUGUGGGUUGGAUUUUGUUUAUUAUGUUACAAACUGAAGUUCAAGGGAACUUGUGACAAGUCCCACAAAGCACAGUGCAACAUUUAGAAAGAAAAGUAAACGAAACUGCCAAACACUCAAUCAUUUUCUGCCAGAACUGGGAUAUUUUUCCUAAGACAUCACUUUGAG